AUGGCUUCCAAUAUGCCUGCCAGAUGCUGCACUGUGGGAGUCAAGCACAGUGGAGAAGCAACCGGCGAAUAUCAGGCCAUUGACGGUGUUGAGACGUAUUUCUCAUAUCCCGAGGACAGGUCGACCAAGCAUGGAGUUAUCAUCCUCACGGAUGUCAUUGGUCACCGAUUCAUCAACUCGCAGCUCAUAGCUGACCAAUUUGCGGCGAAUGGGUAUCUGGUGGCCAUGCCUGAUCAGUUCCACGGUGACCCGGUCAAGCUCAAUAGGCCUGAGGGCUUUAACCUAAUGACCUGGCUGGAAGGACACCCGACCGAAAAAGUGGACCCUGUUGUCGACUCUGUGAUUAAGUAUAUGCGCACACACCUUGGCUGCGAGAAGAUUGGGGCGGUCGGGUAUUGCUUUGGGGCAAAAUACGUCGUCCGAUUUCUGAGGCCCGACCAGGGAAAGGUUGACGUUGGAUAUAUCGCACAUCCAGGCUUCGUUGAAUUUGAAGAACUCGGCGCGAUUACCGGCCCCUUGAGCAUUGCAGCCGCAGAGACUGAUGACAUCUUCCCAACAUCAAAACGUCACCAGUCAGAAGGCUUUCUGCGUGAUCGUGGCCAGCCAUACCAGAUCAAUGUCUAUAGUGGAACCGAACACGGGUUCGCCAUCCGCGCAGACUUGACGGAUAAGGCUAAGAAGUUUGCAAAGGAGCAGGCAUUCCUGCAAGCAGUCCAAUGGUUCGAUGAAUUUAUCAAGGGCGGGAACUGA